GUGUACAACAAGCUGUACCUCGACAUGCAGAAGGCUCGGGGCGAGGCCGCGGGCGCCGUGGCCGUUUGCGAUUUGACGCGAGAUCCUACCAAAGUGUUCGGGAGGUUUUUGUAUCCAGAGUCCUGCGGGGCCCUCACCACUAAGAACACCUACUUGUGGGUCGUGGGCCGUUUAGAUGGCAAAGUGGAGGGCCAUGGGCGUUGGCUCAGGCUAUCCGAGCGGUGCAGGAUCAUGGGCCUAGCUCCUGAGAGCCUCGUGGGGGUGAUCACUGAUAAGGCCUUGAUGAAAGCCGUGGGGAACACCAUGGCGGUCGGCACGGUGGGCAGGGCGUUGACCCCAAUCAUGCGGGUAUGCAAGAGGUGCGAAGUGAACCAGGGGGGCCUCCCAGUCAUGCUGCCCCAGGGGUUCCAAGUGAGCGAGGGCCCGUCGACCAGGUUCGACGUGAGCGAUGUCCAGCCGACCGCGAAGAGGGCCCGCACGAGCACCGACUGCCGCGAUCACUGCGUUUGCGGUAGGUGCCCGCUAUCCACUCCUGGCCAUCCGAAGCCGAAGCAGUCUAGGAUUCAGAACUUCUUUCAGCCCCCGAGGGCCUAG